AGCCCCCUUAAAGAAGGGGGUGUGUUCCAGGAGCAGGGUGGGUGUGUGCUUAUAUAUCUGUCCAGCAGCGGUACUCUCAGAGCAGAGAUGGCACUGACCCCAGAGCUGUACAACACUCCUGCCUCCAGGCUGGACUCCUUUGUGGCCCAGUGGCUGCAGCCCAGGCGGGAAUGGAAGGACGAGGUGCUAGAGGCUGUGAGGACCCUGGAGCAGUUCCUGAGGGAGCAGCACUUCCGCGGGGAGCGUGGGCUGGACCAGGAGGUGCGGGUGCUGAAGGUGGUCAAGGUGGGCUCCUUUGGGAACGGCACGGUGCUCAGGAGCACCACGGAGGUGGAGCUGGUGGUGUUUCUGAGCUGUUUCCACAGCUUCCAGGAGGAGGCCAGGCACCACCAAACCGUUCUGCACCUGAUGCGGAAGAAGCUGUGGAGUUGCCAGGACCUGCUGGGCCUCGGGCUCGAGGAGCUGCGGGUAGACCAGGGGGCCCCCGAUGCUCUCGUCUUCACCAUCCAGACCUGGGGGACGGCGGAGCCCAUCACUGUCACCAUCGUGCCUGCCUACAAGGCCCUGGGGCCUUCUCCUCCCAACUCUCAGCCACACCCUGAGGUCUACGUGAGUCUGAUUGAGGCCAGCGGUUACCCUGGAAAUUUCUCCGCAUCCUUCAGCGAGCUGCAGAGAAACUUUGUGAAACAUCGGCCAACCAAGCUGAAAAGCCUCCUGCGGCUGGUAAAACACUGGUACCUGCAGUACGUGAAAGCCAAGUGCCCCAGGGCCGCGCUGCCCCCUCUUUAUGCCCUGGAGCUACUGACCAUCUACACCUGGGAACUGGGUACUCAGGAGGAUGAGAAUUUCAGGUUGGAUGAAGGCCUCACCACCGUGAUGGAGCUGCUCCAGCAGUAUGAGUUCAUCUGCAUCUACUGGACCAAGUACUACACAUUCCAGAACCCAGUCAUUGAGGACUUUGUCAGAAGACAGCUCAAAAAAGACAGGCCCAUCAUCCUGGAUCCGGCUGACCCCACCCACAAUGUGGCGGAAGGGUACAGAUGGGACAUAGUCGCUCAGAGGGCCUGCCAGUGCCUGAAACAGGACUGUUGCUAUGACAACAAGGAGAACCCAGUCCCCAGCUGGAACAUUAAGAGGGCACGAGACAUCCAAGUGACAGUGGAGCAGUGGGGUUACUCAGACCUGAUCCUCACAGUGAACCCCUAUGAGCCCAUAAAGCAGGUUAAAGAGAAGAUCCGGCAGAGCCGAGGCUACUUGGGCCUGCAACGUCUGUCCUUCCAGGAUCCCAACGGCAAGCGGCAGCUUCUCAGUAGCCACUGCUCCUUGGCCUACUACGGGGUCUUCUCCAACACUCGCAUCUGUCUGCUGGAGACUGUCUCCCCUGAGAUCCAGGUCUUCGUGAAGAAUCCUGACGGUGGGAGUCACGCCUAUGCCGUCGACCCCAACGACUCCAUCCUGGGCCUGAAGCAACAGAUUGAAGACAAGUAUGGGCUGCUUAGGCAGCAGCAACAGCUGGAGUUUCGAGGCCAAGUCCUGCAGGAUUGGUUGGGUUUAGGGAGCUAUGGUGUCCAAGACAGCGACACCCUUGUCCUCUCCAAGAAGAAAGCCAGAGGAAUUCCGUUUCCACUCAGCUAGUUUCCUCUGGCAAACCUCUCUGUGCAUUUCUGCCAUUUAAUCCAGGGCUCAUUCUGUCAACCACUCCCUCCAGCUCUCUGCUGGGAGGUCCUGUGUCUUCACCAACUUUGUAAACGGUUAUCCUAGCCCUGACAGUGGAGCACUAAAGAGGGGUGUGAGAGACUAGACAUACAAAUGGACAAUGGUCAGACCAUAUAUGACAAGAGAAUUCUGACCCACAAUCUCUGCAGCCACCAGCUUGGGAAGCCAAACCACAACCUGUACAGCAAGCAACUCAAAACCAUCAGGACUUGGUCAAUAACUGUGAGCUUCCCUAACUGAGCCCCUUCCAAGUUAGGACCAACCAGAAAAGGCCAAACAAGCUCCCUAACCAAUCACAGAGGAUGCCCUGCUUCUAGGUAGCCCACCUCCAGUUUCUCCCCACCAACAACCUCAGUUAGGGCAUCCCCAAAGCCUUCUCUUUUCUCCACUAUAAAGCUUUCCCACGACCCUGCCUGCCUUUGAGUCUCUGACAAAUGCAAAGGAUGGUGGCUGACUCCCUUGCUACAGCAAGUUGGGAAUGAAUAACGUUUGUUCGUUCUCUUUUGGGUGGUCUUCAUGUCUUUCCACAGGUGCUAAUGCUAUCCUUGUGGCUGUUGCUUAAUCAUUUGAGCCUCUCAGCUUUGGGAAGUGAGGACUGUAGGGAAACCAAGACGAAGGCAAAGUCUGGGAAGGCGAGGCUGAUGCAGUGU